UAGACAUGCACACACUGACGCAGAGACUGUCACGUGAAUUGCAAUGGUGGAGAAGAUCUAGUAGAGGCUAGUUGAAGGUUUUUCUCGCCUGUCCGUGGUCGCUUGUCGCUGAAGUCCGAGUAGAACUCCGCGAGUGCGUCGUCACAAGUUCCCCGUGGGUAGAUCGGGAAUCGGAGUCUGGAACACCGGUGUGUGAGUGCACUAGAAAGAAACAUCCCGCUGGGAAUCGAGAACCAGGUUCGUUGGAUUCAUCAAAAUUGCAUUGCCUAGUUGAACGGGCUUCAGUAACUGUCGCACGAUCCUCUGACACAGUUCCACGGUAGAACCCAACUGACCAAACCAAAAUGUCCGAGUAUUGGCUAAUAUCCGCCCCGGGUGACAAGACCUGUCAGCAAACCUGGGAAACGAUGAACAACUUAACCAGCAAGCAGAACAACCUCUGCGAGAACUUCAAGUUCCACAUUCCGGAUUUGAAGGUCGGUACACUGGAUCAGCUCGUCGGUUUGUCCGAUGACUUGGGCAAGCUCGACGCCUAUGUGGAGCAGUCGACACGUAAGAUUGCCUCAUACCUGGGGGACGUUCUCGAGGAUCAGCGGGAUAAGCUGUACGAAAAUCUGCAGGCAAACAACAGUCCUGGACCGCCUGACGAGUCUCCACUGAAUGAUCCCGGAGAUAAUUGUUUCAACACUUUGUCGUCUACGAGUCAGCAACAGCUUCAACAGCGUCGUUCCUGUACUGACCUCAGCAAUCAUGGCACAAAUUCGAGCUGCGGUUAUUGUUCCCAUCAUACAAAUUCGUCGGCAUCCGGUUCAGAGCGGGACAUGGAUUCAUCGUCCUGCGUUUGUGUCGCUUCGGGUUCGAUGCCUGACUCUCCGGUAAUCGUUGAAAUCACCGACAGUUUAGAGUGUCAAAAACAGCAAUCACCACACCCUCAGUCCACAACGGCAAAUGUUCCUUUAUUUUUCGGUGCCAGGAAACGCAGUCACAGUAGCAAUUGUAAUGUGCUUUCGUCCGACCCCGAGCCGGACCACGAUCGUGACCAUGAUCACGAAAGUAGCUUCGAAUGGUGGUUCCAUAGGCGCAAAAGCUCGCACAAAUCCAGGAGCCGCUCGUCCAGUCACAUUUGCGGUGGUACGACUGGUGGAAGUUUGCCAUUCCGGUCUUCACCGGUAAGCAGCUGUUGUGGCAGUCAAGGACGAUCCAGUCCGGAAGCAAUGGAACAAGAGAUUUAUGGUGGAAAUUUUAGUAACUCAGCUGUCGCUACUACUAACACUACCACGUCCACUAGGAAUGGUGCGGUGCCUUCCCUAUACGGCCCGAUCAGUCCAGAUGACCUGACCACCUACAUUACCCGUUUCCAGUGGGAUCUGGCCAAGUACCCAACGAAGCAAUCGCUCCGCAACAUUGCCGACAUCAUCUCGAAACAGGUUGGUCAGAUCGAUGCGGAUCUUAAGACCAAAUCCGCUGCCUACAACAAUCUGAAAGGAAAUCUGCAAAAUCUGGAAAAGAAGCAGACAGGAAGCUUGUUGACGCGUAAUUUGGCGGAUCUGGUCAAACGGGAACACUUCAUCCUAGAUUCAGAAUAUUUGACCACACUGCUGGUGAUCGUGCCCAAGCAAAUGGUCAAUGACUGGAACGCCAACUACGAGAAGAUCACCGACAUGAUCGUGCCACGUUCAUCGCAGCUGAUCACCCAGGACAAUGACUACGCGCUGUGCACCGUUACGCUGUUCAAGAAGGUUGUGGACGAGUUCAAAUUGCACGCCCGUGAGCGCAAGUUUGUCGUUCGUGAGUUUACGUACAACGAGGAGGAGUUGGCUGCCGGCAAGAACGAAAUCACCAAACUGGUGACGGACAAGAAGAAACAGUUUGGUCCCCUCGUCAGAUGGCUGAAGGUCAACUUUAGCGAAUGCUUCUGUGCAUGGAUCCACGUGAAAGCCCUUCGUGUGUUCGUAGAAUCCGUUCUAAGAUACGGUUUGCCAGUCAAUUUCCAGGCCAUUCUUAUUCAUCCCAACAAGAAGAACACCAAGCGUCUGAGGGACGUCCUUAUGCAGUUGUACGGACAUUUGGAUGGAUCAGCGGCGUCGUCCGGAGGAAACGCAGACAACGUCGACAUUCCCGGCCUUGGAUUCGGACAAUCGGAAUACUAUCCGUACGUGUAUUACAAGCUGAAUAUUGACAUGGUCGAGAACAAGGUCUAAGGUGCAUCCCAUAGAGUACACAUCCCGGUCCAAUCCAGCCCAAAUCAAGUCCAGCAAGCAUGUGUGGAGAAUCAGCCAGCCUAUAGGACAAGUCCGCCGCCGUCGUCGUCAUCCAUCAUCUGCGUCGUUCAUCAAUCUUCUUCAGCUUCAGCGUGUUCCGCGAUCCCCUCCUUCUAAGACCUACGACGUUCAGCCGAGAACUAAAGAACAAACCCUGGUGGUGCCCCGGAGGAUCCCCCAAAAACGGAACGAAACAAUGGUGUGAAACAACAAUCCGUUAAUCAAAAUUCCCAACUAUUGACUACUUUCCGUCACUAUGUUUAACUGUUGAUUAUUUUACCUAAUUUUGAUUGUAAGUUAAGUAGAUUAUUGCAAGAAUAGGAUAACUAAAACUUUGUUUAAGAUGAUUACCGAUAAUUAUUGAUUUAUUUUCCGUGUGAGAAGAAAGCGAGAAACGAGCGAGAAAAGUGUUUUACAGACAACUGAUCUAUUUUUACCGUUCCAGAGAAUAUAUUCUAAUUCAAAAUGUCGUUACAAGAAGCACAACUUUGUGAGGAAAAUAAGAAGAUCAAAAUACAAAAGUUUAAACCACAUAAAAAGGAUGGAUUUUGUUAUGUUCCUUAUUGGUCGGCUCGUGCGAACAAACAUCUCACUUCAUAAAUUCGGCAAUGCAUGUCCUCAUACCUAUGGUAAAUCAAAAGCCGCCAUCCAAUGCCAGCAUUACUUACUGAGGCGACUUUUGUCCUAGCAAACAAGUAUUAACGCUCAUACAUCGUCAUUAUGCCACGUGGAAGUUGAAAGAAACGUUAUGUUUGUUGUACAUAUGGUUCGGGUAUCGUACUUUAUUGGUUUAUAGAUAAAUGCUGAUGUAUUCUAUUAAUCUGUUAUUACGAAGGUGGAAAAACAAUUCAGAGUAUAACAAUACAGUGAAAAUCAUAAGCAAAGUAAUCCUAAAACAAUGUUGAACAAUAAACUACCGAAGUCUAGACAGUAUGCGGAUGUGUGUAUAUUAAAUUCAAUUAUAUAUAGUAUCCAAUGGAAUGAGAAAAUGUAAUUCUGCUGCAACCGCUGCAGUAGAUGCAAUUCAUUUGUGUAAAUAAAAAUUGAAUCCAUUCCAAAAACGGA